AUGAAUGGAAUAUUUGCAAUCGAAAAACCGAGUGGCAUUUCAUCGAGCCAGUUCCUAUUAAAACUGCAAAACGUCCUGAUGAAUAGCAUGGUAUUCUCGAAAGAGAUCCAAAGGGCGACUGCUGAAAGAAUGCAGCAGUAUCAGCGGGAAACUGGGAAGGUGCCCAGUAAGAGAAAACUGCGCAAAGUGGCCAAAGUGAAAAUGGGACACGGCGGAACGCUAGACCCAUUGGCGUCUGGGGUAUUAGUAGUAGGCGUGGGAUCAGGCACCAAAAAGCUCUCGGAGUAUUUAUCUGGCACGGUGAAAGUUUAUGAAAGCGAGGCACUGUUCGGAGUUUCGACGACAUCGGGGGACGUUGAGGGAGAAAUUUUGUCCAUGCAUGCAGUGAACCAUAUAACCAUGGAAGAUCUAAAAACCAUGGAGCAGAAAUUGGUAGGGUCUUUGAAGCAAACCCCACCUAUCUUUGCCGCCCUCAAGAUGAACGGCAAGCCACUUCAUCAGUAUGCUCGCGAAGGGCUGCCCUUGCCAAGAGCGAUUGAGCCCAGACAGGUAGAAAUUUACGACUUAAACGUUUUCCCAGAUUCUUUAACUACUAAUCACAGCUAUACAUUUUUGAAACCUGUUACGGAGGAAACACAGGAGACCGUGUCGGAGUUCAAUCAUAAGCAGAAUCUGCUCACAGAUAAACUUUACUUCUCCAAACAGUAUUGUGACUCACAAGGUUGGGAAAGUGAGGAUGCCAGGGUAGAUCCCCCAAUCACAUUGAGUGAUGAGGAUCUCCAAAAGCUGAUCGCUCAGGGGGACAACUACAGGGCCCCUCUCCUGCAUUUCAAAGCAAAGGUGUCUUCUGGUACUUAUAUCAGGUCUUUAAUAAGCGAUAUCGGUAAGGCCUUGAGAUCCUCUUCAUACAUGGUUAAGCUCAUACGUUGUCAGCAACAAGAAUGGGCCCUUGAUCGACACAAUGUGUUCAACUUAGAAGAUUUCACUGAAAACGACGAAGCCAUAUGGACGGAGGUCCUGGAAAAAGUUUUAGAAGAUGGUUCGUCUGUAGAUGUCAGGAAGGAGUUGAAGAAGGCUCGGGAUGAUUUCAACAAACGCAAGCAGGACCUCGCCAAUCAGGCUGAAAGUGACCUUGGAGCGGCUACCAUUACCUCAACUGGUUCUGUGGAGGAACAUAUGCCCUCAUCCGCAGGCGCGGGCACCAAGAGAUCUUUAGAUGAAGAAGAAGAGGCAAACCAUAAAGAUUAG